ACCUAGUGUAAACACAGAAGUGAUACUGAAAUUAACUGACUCAGCCUUAACUCGCUUUUGGAGCUCCAAAAACAAAAGAUGAAGUCUUUUCUGAGAAAUGCUUCAAUAACCUUAAACCCUAAGAGCAAACUAGCGACGAAGCUUCUUCUUCUUCCUUCGAUCCAUCUAAUUUUCGUCAAACCCUUCUCUCAAUCGACCUCCAUUCCAACAAAACAGGAUCGAGUUCGUGACCAUGGCUACGACAACUACAUGGAAGUCGAGAAGAAAAUCCGCAAAGUCGUCAAAUUUCACAGCCUGAUUCUCUCUCAGCCCAACAACACAAUCCCAAUCUCUCUCCUAGACACGCUCGCUCGACGUUUAGGCCUCGGCUUCAAGCAGCACGAGCCAGGAGCUUUCCUCCUCAAAUUCCCACACGUUUUCGAGAUUUACGAGCACCCUGUUCAGAGAAUCCUCUAUUGUCGAUUAACCCGAAAGGCUUUGGAUCAAAUCCGCCACGAGCACGAAGCUGUUCUCGCACAGAUACCCGACGCCGUGACCCGGCUGCGGAAACUCGUUAUGAUGUCGAAUACGGGUCGGAUCCGUCUGGAACAUGUCCGGAUUGCUCGAACGGAGUUCGGUCUCCCUGAAGAUUUCGAGUACUCGGUGAUUCUGAAAUACCCAGAGUUCUUCAAGCUCAUUGAUGCCGAAGAGACUCGAGAUAAGUACAUCGAGAUUGUGGAUAGAGAAGCUAGUUUAUCGGUUUGCGCGAUUGAGAGAGUUAGAGAGAUUGAGUAUAGGUCAAAAGGAAUCGACGCAGAGGAUGUUCGAUUCUCCUUCGUCGUCAACUUUCCUCCUGGGUUUAAGAUCGGAAAGUAUUUCCGAAUCGCUGUUUGGAAAUGGCAGAGACUUCCUUAUUGGUCACCGUAUGAGGAUAUCUCGGGUUACGAUCUGAGAUCGUUGGAAGCUCAGAAGAGAUUGGAGAAGAGAGCUGUUGCUUGCAUCCACGAAUUGCUGUCUUUGACUGUGGAGAAGAAGAUCACGCUUGAGAGGAUCGCUCAUUUCAGGAACGUUAUGAAUUUGCCUAAGAAAUUGAAAGAGUUUCUUUUGCAGCAUCAGGGGAUAUUCUACAUAUCGACUCGUGGAAACUACGGGAAGCUUCAUACGGUGUUUCUGAGAGAGGCGUAUAAGAGAGGGGAAUUGGUUGAACCAAAUGAUGUGUAUUUAGCUAGGAGGAGACUAGCUGAGCUUGUGUUGAUGAGCCCUAGAAAGGCCAAGGUUGAUGCAGAGCUUGUUAAUUAUAGAAAUGGAUUGGACGAUGAAGAUGAAAUCGAAUGAGAUAACCGGAUUUGAGUGGGUAACUACGUUCGAUUUUUCUCAUUCUUUGUAGCUUUCCUCUGAUGGGGUUAUAGCCAAAAGAAGACGAUGUUGUUUAAGCAUUCAUAUUUAUCACUGUCUUCUGUAAUGGUAAAUUCGUUGCCAGAAAGCUACAAGUGGAUCUGAUGAUGAUGUGAAAAGGUGCUUUCUUCACUCAUUGUUCUGUGUCAAUUUGAAUAGAAGAAAGAUGUCAACAAGAUUGUUUACUUCAGCUGCAAGAUAUACUUUGGGCUCUACUCUUUCUCAUCAGCAAUAUACCUUAACCAAGAAACAACCUGGAAUAUUUUGUUUUCUUAAGCCCUAUGGUUUAAGCCAAGAAUCCUUACCUGUCUACUUAUGGCAAACCAAAAUAAAAAUUAUUUCUUUGCUAAUGCGAACAACCAUUUUAAGCAUUCAACAAAAAGACAAUUCUUGUAA